AUGUGUGUGCGAGAUAAUACAGCUAAUUGCUAUCUUUCUCCUUUCCACUUCUCUCUCUCCCCAUCUCUCUCUUUAAUUCACGUCAUUACUCUCUCUCUCUCUCUCUCUGCUCUACUCUCUUUUUCACCCUAUGUCUUUCUUAUCUUUAGCUCUUUCUCUAUCUGUGUGUCUCUCUCUCUAAUUCAGGUAAUUACUGUCUCUCCCCGUUUCUCUUCUCUCUCUAUCACUCUCUCUUUAAUUCACGUCAUUACUCUCUCUCUCUCUCUCUCUCUCUGCUCUACUCACUUUUUCACCCUAUGUCUCUUUUUUCUCUUCUCUUUAGCUCUUUCUCUAUGUGUGUGUGUCUCUCUCUCUAAUUCAGGUAAUUACUGUCUCUCCUCGUUUCUCUUCUCUCUCUCUCUCUCUUUAAUUCUCGACAUUACUGCCUCUCUUCACCCUGUCUCUAUUGAGUGCUUGUUAUAA